AUGGGUAAUUGCUUGGGAGGAAACAAAAACAAUCAUAAUGUCAGACCAGUUGUCAAAAACAAGGAUGUUAAAUUACUCUUGUUAGGAGCUGGUGAAUCUGGUAAAAGUACUUUAUUCAAGCAAUUCAAAAUUCUCAAAGAAGGAACCUACACACCAGAAGAACGAGCCAUCUUUGCUAGUACUAUUAAAGGAAAUAUUGUCCGCUCCAUGAUUUCCAUGGUUGAGGCUUGUGAUGAAUUGGGUGAAGAAAUUGAAAAGGAAGAAAACAAACAAUUUGCACAAGAAUUGAUUCAAUUAGAUGAUGAGAAUGCUCUCUUGAAUGUUGAUGCAUUCUACAAUGCUGAAUUGGUACAAAAAUUGAAACAAUUGUGGUCUGACACAGGUAUUCAAAAUGUAUUACAACGUCGAGAUGAAUAUCAAUUAUUGGAUUCGACUGAAUACUUUUAUCAACGUAUUGACGCUGUUAGUGAGAAGAAUUAUGUACCAACAGAUAGGGAUAUUUUAAUGUGUAGAACAAAGACGACUGGUGUUGUUGAAUUGAAAUUCGAACAAGAUGGCACCAAAGUUUCACUCAUCGAUGUCGGUGGUCAACGUAAUGAAAGAAAGAAAUGGAUUCACUGCUUUGAAAAUGUCACUGCUAUUUUAUUCGUUGCUUCCAUGUCAGAAUUUGAUCAAAAGUGCUAUGAAGAUGAUAGUACUAACAGAAUUCAAGAAUCACUUCUUCUCUUUGAUGAAAUUGUUAACAGCAGAUAUUUCAUUGACACACCUGUAAUAUUCUUCCUUAAUAAGAAGGACAUCUUCCAAAAGAAGAUUGAAACUAAAAAGUUAUCUGAUUUCUUCCCUGAUUAUCAAGGACCACCACAUGACUUUGAUGCAACAUCCAAAUACAUGCUUCAAAAAUUCACAUCAAGAAUCAAUGAUCAAAAUAGAGAGUUUUAUCCUUUCAUUACAUGUGCAACAGACACUGACAAUGUGAAGAACAUCUUUGACAGUGUGAAGAAGAUUGUCAUUAAGAAAUAA